AUGAAUUCUUUGGCACAGUUAAAAAAAUUUACAACCGUUGUUGCCGAUACGGGUGAUUUUGAGGCCAUGAAAAAAUAUAAACCUACGGAUGCAACUACAAAUCCUUCGUUGAUAUUAAAUGCAGCAAAUUCGGAUAAAUUUAAACAUUUAAUUGACGAAGCAAUUUCUUAUGCAAAAAAAGUUGACACUGACUUAGAGAAACAAACUGAAGCUGCUGUCGAUAAACUUUUGAUUUUAUUCGCUGUCGAAAUUUUAAAAACUAUUCCCGGAAGGGUUUCUCUGGAAGUUGAUCCGAGGUUGUCAUUUGAUAAAGAUAAAAGUAUUGAAAAAGCUAAAUCCCUUAUUAAAUUAUGUUCUGCUCAUAACAUAUCAAAAGAAAGAAUUUUAAUUAAACUUGCAUCAACAUGGGAAGGAAUCGAAGCUGCUAAAGUACUUGAAAAAGAUUAUGGAAUUCAUUGCAAUAUGACAUUGUUAAUGUGUUUAGCUCAAGCUGUUGCUUGUGCCGAAGCCAAUGUUACACUUAUUUCUCCUUUUGUCGGAAGAAUUCUGGAUUGGUAUACUGCAAAUGGUAAUAAAACAUAUCAAUCAUUUGAUGACCCAGGUGUAGUAUCUGUCAGAACAAUUUACAAUUAUUUCAAAAAGUUUGGAUAUAAAACUGUCGUGAUGGGUGCAUCAUUUCGAAAUGAGAAUGAAAUUAAAGAAUUGGCUGGAUGUGACUUGUUGACGAUAAGUCCAUCUUUGUUGGAAAAAUUAGAAAAUUCUAAUGAGCCUGUUGAGAAAAAGCUUAGUGUUGAAAAAGCUAAAGAAAUGGAUAUUAAAAAAAUAAAAAUGGAUGAAGUUACAUUCAGAUGGUUAUUAAAUGAAGAUGCGAUGGCAACAGAAAAACUAUCAGAAGGAAUUCGAAGAUUUGCUGUUGAUUUUAGAAAAUUAGAAGCUUUGGUACAAAAUUUACUUAAGUAA